CAGUUGACUAGCCUACUGAAUUAUCUAGAGAGGAAGUUGCGGGUGAUGUAGCUCCACACCUUUCCGGUGAAGCAGCAACUCGACUGAAAAAGACGAAGGAGAGACCCGAAAGCUGGGUGGAAAUACCAAGAGAACAAGGGUGGAAACCGCUGAGGGACAUAAAGGGGAUUUUGAUGAGUGAAUGAAUGACCCAUCUAGUGACCGAACGUUCGGGAGAAAAUAACCCUUGUGAACACGCGUGUUGCCCUGCACAACGCUUGAUGGAACAGCUGCAGCAAAUUGCAUUUCUGCUCCGGUAAUACCAAUACGAACAAGGCGGACGCUCCCGGCAAGGAGGGACCGCGAGACACGUCCACCAAGAGGCAUCCACAAGUACGGCAGGCUUUUUAGGGCCUCGUUCAGUUUACCCACCACCUUCCUCUGCAAAUAUUGGAUCGACCCACAGCUUCUUGAUUAAUGCAACUCGAUAUCUGACCACUUUAAUGCACGUUUUCUCCAGCAAUAAUUUAACAUCCCAACGUAGUUUUUUUUGAACAUCUCCCCAUUUGAACUUGAAGACUACUGCAUACCACACAGGAACACCCUGUGGCCCCAAACAUUGUAGAGGAGAUCAAUGGCACGGUGCGAGUUUGAAGGGUAGUUUCAACCAUAGCUGUCAUUUAUAAUGUAAAUGAACGCUUGCUCCUAGUUGAGUAAUGCUUCCACUGUUGAGGAAAUAGGCCUGUAUCAAAUUGAAAGGUUUUGCGUGAAGAAAGGGGAUUUUUUUUUUUUACAAUAGGAAAGGAAUAUAUAUGCACUGUUCAAGAUGGGGAAAAUGCUAUCAAAAAUAUUUGGCAACAAAGAGAUGAGAAUAUUGAUGCUUGGUCUUGAUGCUGCAGGAAAGACAACCAUCCUUUACAAACUUAAACUCGGACAGUCUGUCACCACAAUACCCACGGUGGGAUUCAACGUAGAGACUGUCACUUACAAAAACGUCAAGUUCAAUGUGUGGGACGUUGGAGGCCAGGAUAAGAUACGUCCCUUAUGGCGACACUACUACACCGGCACACAGGGGUUAAUCUUCGUUGUGGAUUGCGCGGACAGAGAUCGCAUCGAUGAGGCGAGGCAGGAGCUACAUCGCAUCAUUAAUGACCGUGAGAUGAGAGACGCCAUCAUCUUGAUUUUUGCCAAUAAGCAAGACCUACCGGACGCCAUGAAGCCGCAUGAAAUCCAGGAGAAGUUAGGAUUGACCCGCAUCAGAGAUAGAAAUUGGUAUGUUCAGCCCUCCUGUGCGACCACCGGUGAUGGACUAUACGAGGGACUGACUUGGCUAACAUCAAACUACAAAUCUUAAUGAUUGAGUGAUGACUGUUUUAAGUCAGAUCUACAAAAAAAGUUGAGGCAAGUAACAAAUAACCUCUGAAAUGAAUAUAAUAAAGACAACUUUGAUUAUGUUCAUUUAUUUUGAUUACAAUGUUGACCCCAAUAACUAAUUUAUCUUCAACUGGGUUUGCUAGCUUUCAGUUAGCUGCUUCUCUGUAGCAGGUCUAUAUCACAUUAAUUCAUUAUUUUUGGCUUGAUGAAUAUCAAUUAAAACUGUUCUUAAAGUUGAGCUCCAGAGACCACCGCCUUUGCCUGUUCUUUGUCCCAUUUUUUAUAUAUUUUUCUAACAAAGCUUAAGUUUUAUCUUUCAUUUGGACUGAGGCUUGGUUCAUUCAUGUUUAUACAAUAGUUUUGGUUUGCUAAUGUAUAUGGGUCUGUAUUGUUUAAAUCCCCCCCCCCCCCUUAAGUUAAGAUAUGUGAUGUCAGUAGUUUGAGGAACUGCAACACCUGAAUCAUAAUCAAGGGAGAAACACCCUUAUGUAUUCCUACUAAAGAUGCUAUUGCAAGAUUUGAAGAGUGUUCACCAUUGCUUACAGUCCAUCACAUUGGACAUUAUAAAAUAAAGACUUGGAAGACUGUCCAGUGUUCUGUUAACCACAGUUGGGAUCCAUUAGCAAUUAAGUAAUCCCCCAAUGCUUGGUGACAUGGUGAGCUAAUUGACCUUUUUGUGUCACGUGUUGGUUACAUUGUUCAGAAGUAGGCCUAUGCAACACAGGUUUACAGUAACUCAAACAUGCUUUUCAGAACACAGUUAGUCAUGGGUAUCAUUGAUAGUCAUACAGUAAGAUGACUCCCAAUUUUUCCAAAGGAAUGUCAUUCAGCACUGAGCUCUCGACCUUCUAUCCCCAUUGAAGAGUCUCAGAAAAAGAGACAUUAUGAUAGCCUAUACCUGUAGCAUGAGCACAGACACACAGGAACCACACCGCAGGAUUGACCGGUCUUGCAGUCGGAGCUGCUUACUGGCAAAAUUAUGAAGUCAUCUUCUGGUGCAACUCUUUAACUCCUGUGUUGACUUGGAGGACCAUGUACAGAACAAUGUCAUUGUAAUGUCUUAUUAAAAAAGUAAUUUUAAA